UUCCGGGUAGUACCAGAAAGAAAGCAAAAAGCCCACGAGUUCGGCGGAGGCGUGACAAGUUGAGCAGAUUGUACCAACAACCAGCUUCUAAGAAAGCGUGUUCAGAAGCUCUUGGCCAGGAAAUUCGACGCACAAGCCAUUGUUCAAACUUUGCCAGUUCAGUUGUAGCUAGACAUGGCGGAUUUUGAGGAGAGAAUUGACGUUGUGGAGUGUAAAGCGCCUUGGGGCUGCUGGUACCAGACACUGGAGGAGGUGGUGGCGGAGGUAACGCUGGAACCAGGCACGAAAGCGAAGGAAAUCAAGUGUAAACUGAGCGGGAAGAAGUUGACAACGGUCGUGAGGGGGAAGGAGAUAAUGAAUGGUACCGUUGCUGGAAAUGUUGUCACAGAUGACUUCCUUUGGACAGUUGAGGACAACAAGUUGCUGAGGAUAGUCAUCACCAAGAGUGACCGCACAGGCCGAGACUGUUGGCAGUCCCUCCUGCAGGGUCAGUAUCCCGCUGACCCGCAGGUGUACGACGACAUGGAGAAGAAACUGACCAUGGAGAGAGUCCAGAGAGAGACCCAGGGCAUAGAGAACACCACCUCCUGGGAGCAGGUAUGGCAGUGGGACGCAGCCAGGAAGAAUAUGAUCGCAAUUGCCAAUGCAGAGUAAUCCAGGGCUGAACUUUGCCGAUGCUGAAAUAUCAGGAAACUACCAGGGAGGAGGACCCCAGUGGGACAAAUAACAGCAAAUCUUUUAUGUCUGUGCCUUUAAGUUUAAUCUCCUGCAAGCUGAGGCACCCUUUUGGCACCAAAUAGGUAUUGAUGAGUGGGUCAGGUAGCAGGUUAAAGUGCAUUAAUUAACCCAAUUUGUUCGGAGCUGAUGGUACGACUGCUCAAAACAGUUCAAGAUUUGGCAAUACAUGUACCAUUAUGAUUUUGGCUGCAUUUCAGAGAAAGUCAUGAACUAUAAGAUGACGGCAUUGUUGCAAACUUGUGCAAAAUCACCAUGAGACCACAGUACUAGACUAGGUGUAGCUGUUAAAAAGAAAAGACUUGAGUUGUAUAGCAGUGUCUAAAGCAAUUUAAUGCUAAACAUGUCUGGUAUUCUUCUCGCUUUAACUUUAAGUGUUUCACAACAAGUUUUGUAUUCAAUGAAUUUCCUAUUUAGCUUUUUAGUUUAGUUUGCAUGUAUGUGGCGCCUUUAGUGGUGACAGGGCCGAGUGUCUACUUUUUAGUUAUUGAUGUAAAGUUCGAAGACAAGCAGCUGUUGUUUCUUUGAUUUCAUCAGAAUAUCUGGGAAUAUUAAUUUCUGGUGCACAUAUACUGUCCAAUUAUAUU